UAAACAGAUAAGCCUGCAAUGAGAUCGCGGUACUUGAAAUAGAACGCCAUGUGUUCGGGGUAACAUUAAAAAAAACUCCGCAGCACAGUAUAGAAGUUGAAGCGAUCGAAGCAAGAUGGCACGAAUGCAGCUCUACACGAUGGCGAUAUUCGUCUGUUUAGGUGUUCAGCUCGAUUAUGCAAAUGCCAUGAACUGCCCACACUGUGUCGACGUUUUGACUUGUGCGGCAUACGAGGUCCCGAAGGUGGACUGUACUGGAGCCGUCGUGAACCGAACUGUCCUAAUGCUGGGUGGUAUUUUUCGAAACCUAACGGCAUAUACCGCUCCCGACACCGUUUACAGCUGCGUCGAAGUUAGCUUUCGGCGUGAUGAGAACUCCACUGACACAUUUGCCCUAAAAGGAUGCACGGCCGGGCGGAAAAGUAUAUGCGGUGAGCCGACGUACGAUUACAACGGAAUCCUAUCGUGCAGAUCUUACAGUGGUGCUGAUCGCCAGCAACUCAGCUUGGUGCUGCUAUUGAAUGUUGGUAUCGUUGCGUUUGCCUUACUUUUCGUUAGCUAAUAAAACGCCGUAAGCUGUUUAAAACCCCGGUGCAAUGCGUGCAAAGAUCGCGAGCAAACACACAGCAAAAGGUAGGCAGCAAAUGGCCGUGGCGUCGAUCUUGCCGGCACCAUUGUCAUCAUCUUUGUCCAGCCCGUAGUAAAUGCCAUUGCAUUCCUCAUCCUCGCAA